GGGGUAUUCGUCAUGACUAUACCUCAUGUUUUCUGCAGCAAACAGACAGGUAUUACAACACGUGCGCCAAGGCUCCUCGCUUACCGUCGCCUCGCACCCCUUAUCGCCGGUGGUCUCACGACGCACCUGCUCUUAUUUUGGGGUCUGCAGAACUCUUUUUUUACGACUCCCAAUGCACCUCACCCCCCAAAUUAGCCAGCGCUGAGCGCUUAGUCUGGUUGAUAAUAGGACAUCCUCUGUCAUCCUUCUGUUUCUUGGGAGAUAUUUUUGCAAAAAAUGCCUUAUGGAUGGAUUUCUUGAUGCGUAUCUAGAAUCCUCCGCGGUAAAACGUACUCAGCAUACCAAACUUUUGCAGUGCCACUUGUGUGACACUCGACCUGGCGCAGACGCGGCUGCCUUUUCUUUGGCAAAGCCCCCUCCUGAUGAUUUUCUGAAGGUUUGCUUCCCACGAUGGUCGCAAUGACGGUAUUUUCGUAGCCUUCUGUCUUCCCUUUGAAAUUUGUUCAAUUCUCUUGUAAUUUAUAUUGAACAUAUCUUUUUUCGCCUCUAUACCUUUCAGCAAUCCAAUGCUUUCGAGUUUCAAAAGUCAAGUCCGAGAACCACAGCAAAAUUACAUAACACAAAAACCGACAAGAAAUGAUUUGGAGGCAGGAAGGCAAAAUACAUCAAAGGGGUUGCCUCCCCGUUCUGGGGGACGGCUAAAGAGAGGGGCCAAUAAUAUAGAAUACAAUUUCGCCCAUCUAGAAACGAAAUCGAAUGCUGAAUUAUCAGAAAGACUUUUCUGGUAUCAAGACUUCGGUUCGAGGCCCAGUACCGGAUUUCGGCUUUCGAAAAACGACACUUUCGCAACUUGUUUAGUGAGACUUAGAUCAGCUCUGAAACAGAAUACCAAAUUAUCGCCGUCUUCGUACUUACAGCUUUGGUCGGUUUCCAAGAUGUCUCAAUGUGGGUUUUGCUAACAUCGUAUCUAGCAUUAUUAACACAUCGCCGCUCCCGGAACAAGUACUGUCGCCUCCAGUACGUCUCUUUUCAUCUAUGGUAGGGCGUCUUGAUGGCAUUCUGAAAUUCCCAGCAGUAGCCAUUGGCAUUGAAUUGGAGCAUGCAUGGGGAGGUCUGUCUGAAUGUGCAUUUAGGAGCAUUGAGUGUCCCGAAGAGCUACUGAAAGUGGAACAUAUCUCAUUACCCGAGUUUCGGCACCAAUUCCUCUCACACACUUUUGUCGAUUGUAAAUGCAAAACCUUCAAUAUUCCUAGGAUCACAAAAUUUGUUACAGCUGAAUCUUCUCACCCAGAUACUGCAGUUACAACAGUGGAGAAAUCGAGUUCUAAGAAACCACGGGCGGCCCGACUCGCAAUCGAAUUGCCUUCUCAUGGACGACAGGAGACUUCAGCGGCUUCAAAAGCACAGCUUGCUCAAUGUUGUCGUAUUUUCGAUAGAUCAACGGCUUCGUUCAGUUUCACUUGGCAGCGUUCUACUCCAAAGUAUGAAAGCGGAUUCUCGACUUUUUCUCGAGAAGAAUAUGCAACCCCACCUAGCUGCUCAUAUGCGGAAAUCUUUUAUCAAGACGAUAGAUCUAUUCCCGGACCUCGAAGAGUUAUGAUGGCGAUCAACAAUAAGCUGUACAAUAACGCCCCCCUUUCUACUGAAGAGCCAGUACUAUUAGAUGAAAUAAAACAUUUCUUACGAACACGGAAAGCUGACGACCCCGAAGUCUGGCCCUUUAUGCUCCUUCUUCAAUCGGCACCUCGAAGUAUGGGAUACUCUCUUUUACCGAUUUUCACAAUAUUGGAAAUUAUUGUCCGAGAUACGGCAUCAUUCCUUAAGGAAGCAAGUGAUGAAAUCCAUCACUUGUCUUUUCUCUCCCGCCAUUCCCCGUCAGCGAAUAUCGUCAACUACCUCUCUCAUCUUGAUUCUUGUCGAGAAUCGGCACUGAUGGGACUUAGUCAUGCGUACGGGAUUGCUAGGGAUUUAGCAGCAGUUGUAAAGCAGAAGGGAAAGACUCGGAAUCAGGAUAAUACGGCAACCACUAUCGAAGGGGAGUUUCUGAAAGAGAAGAGAGAGGAUAUGAAGUUUUUGAUGGAGCAAUUGGAAGAACAUUUAAGAGACAAAAUUCGGUCAGAGAGUGUAUUAAUGAAAGAACGUCGGAUGCUGCUUCAAUGCCGUCAGGUCUCGACGUUGACUUGGAUCGUGAUUGUGUGGGUGCCAGUCUCUUUAUUGAUUGUAAGUUCCCCCUAAAGUUUUAACUCACAAGAAUCAGAUAGUCUAACAAGACAUAGGGAAUAUUCAGUAUGAAUGUGACAUCACCGUCGCACAUCUUUGGCCAUAAAAACCCCAGCUCAACACCAAUAUUGGCCACUGCACAAUCCAUUCUCCCAACUUCAUCCUUCUCAUCUUUACCCGCAACAACAAUAGUAGCCCGUCAAGUCACUAAAACAACCCUCACUUCUGUCGAAACCACCACAUCUUUAGCCCCAGCACAAACACCAGAUGUUACAAUAUCCACCAAUACCACCAAAGCACUUCCAGAAUCACUCAGCGGCCGUCCAUCACAGCCCUACCACUUCUCAUUCGCUCUAUUCCUUUUCCUACUCCCCAUUAUUCCAAUCCUCGCCACAUUUCUCAACCUCACACUCCCCUCCAUCCUUCGAAUCACCUCUCAAUCAACAUCCUCCCUACGAACUUCGCCUGCAUUCACACCCCUAAUAUUCCUCCUCUACUACCUACUGACCUACUGGCUCAUCCCAUCCACCCUAUCUCUCAAAGCCACCCAAAACUCCAACCUCAAAAUCUCCUCCCUCCCCCACGCGGGACACAACCCCAUCUCUACCCCCUCAUUCAUCCUCUCCCUCUCCACCACCUCCCUCAUCUUCCUCACCAACCUCACGAUAUCGCUCGUCUACCAUAAGAACGCACUCAAGAUUUUUAUUUGGCUAUUCUUCGGGGGCCUUCUCCUGGUGAGUUAUUGCGUGGAUUACUUCUCGGACUGGGAGAAGGGGGUUAGUCCUAGUAUAGCGACGGGGCUGGGCUUGA